AUGACAACAUUUUCGCGAGGUGCUGCGAAACGUGUGCAAAGCAAGCGGACUGUUCCAGACCAGCCGACUACUCCGGCAUCUAAGCCGACAACUACGACACCUAAACCGACAACCACUACACCUAAACCAAUAACUACGACACCUAAACCGACAACUACCACACCUAAACCGACAACUACCACACCUAAGCCGACAACUACCACACCGACAACUACCACACCUAAGCCGACAACUACCACACCGACAACUACCACACCUAAACCGACAACUACCACACCUAAGCCGACAACUACCACACCCAAACCGACAACUACCACACCUAAACCGACAACUGCCACACCUAAACCGACAACCACACCUAAACCGACAACUACCACACCUAAACCGACAACUAUCACACCUAAGCCGACAACUACCACACCCAAACCGACAACUACCACACCUAAACCUACAACUACCACACCCAAACCUACAACUACCACACCAAAACCGACAACUACCACACCUAAACCUACAACUACCACACCAAAACCGACAACUACGACGCCUAAACCAACAACUACCACACCUAAGCAGACAACUACGACACGUAAGUCAACAACUACUACACCUAACCCGACAACUACGACACCUAAACUGAUAACUUCAACACCUGAACCGAUAACUACCACACCUACGCCAACAUCUACGGUACGUAAGCUACCAACUACGACGCCUAAAACGACAACUACCCCACCUAAGCCGACAACUGCCACACCUAAACCGACAACUACCACAGCUAAACCAGCAACUACGACAACUAAACUGAUAACCACCACACCUAACCUGACGACUGCAACACCUAAACCCACAAGUACCCCACCUAAGCCGACAACUACGACGUCUGAACCUACAACUACGACGCCUAAACCGACAACUACGAUACGUAAGACAGAUAAGCCGACGCCUGAGUCGACAACUGCUGCACCCAGGCCCAUAACAGCAACGCCUAAACUGAUAUCAUCUAGACCAGCAUUUUCAAGUCCUAAACCUAAACCCACGUCAACUACUACGACAGUAUUGACGAGUGAACCAACAGCAUCACUACGUGAACCGACGACAGUUGUCCGCAAACCGACGGCUUUGACGUUUGAACCAACAAUAUCAACGCCUUUAUCGACUUCAUCCAGGAAGAUGUCUAUCACUACGGAAAAGACACGGGACUCGUCCAAACCACUGAUAAGUAUUUCUAGUAUAAUCGGCCUGGUUGUGGGUGCUGUACUCGUCUUAUUCAUUGUCGGUGUCAUCGCCGUAGUGUGCCUUCUGCCCCAAAUGAAAGGGUUCGGCGAGGGAUAUGACUGGUUCUUCGCACCCUUCUCCUGCGGGACAUCAUCAGACAAGAAGGACGUCUAUCAGCCUGGGGAAAGAUUCCGGCAUCAGCGAAGACCAUCAGAGGAUGAGGUUUUCGGUGAUGAUCCAAAACCAUGGCAUUAA